AUGGGGGUUUGAUGGAGCCUCAAAUCAAAGUGUACAUCAACAAAAGUCGGAUUGUUCAAAUCAAGAACUACAAAGCGUGUUCAUGGCGAGUCUUGUGCCAUUGAAGCUCACAACUCAAGAUGGAUGUAUUAUUUGGCAAAACCAACGGCCUUCAUCAACGUCUUUCUGCCGACCCAUUAUGUGUAAGUUCAUGAAAGAAACGGAGUUUAAUGUUAAAAACGAAAUGACUAAUAUAGAAACAGAAAUAGAAAGUUUAAAUCCAACGAAAUGUGAAAAUGCAACUAUCAAGCAUAAAUUGCUCUUGACAAUGAUAGAUGGAAAAGUGGCAUCCUAUAUCUCUGGCACUUCUACAGCAGUUUGCGAUUUGUGUAAGGCGCGUCCGAAGGAAAUGAACAAUAUAGAAUUGGUUCAGAAAAAACCAGUGGACGAAGAUAUGUAUAAAUAUGGAUUAAGCAGUCUUCAUGCAUGGAUCCGUGCCAUGGAAUGUUUGCUUCAUAUAGCAUAUAGAUUAGACAUUAAAUCUUGGCAAUCAAGAGGAGACGAUGCCAAAAAAUCUGUAGAUGAAAGAAAAAAGAACAUUCAAGACAGAUUCAGAAAAGAAACUGGUUUAUUAUUAGACGUUGUAAAACAAGGCAGUGGGACGACAAACAACGGAAACUCAGCUAGAAGGUUCUUUCAAGAUCCAGCCAAAACUGCUGAUAUAACUGGACUAGACGUUGCUUUAGUGCAAAGACUUGGUGUGAUCCUACAAUGUAUUUCUUCUGGUGAAAAAAUUAUUGUAAACAAAUUUAAUGAAUUCUGUAUAGAUACUGCAAAAAUGUUUACCAAUCUUUAUCCAUGGUAUUAUAUGCCUGUGAGUAUUCAUAAGUUGCUUAUUCAUGGAGCUCAUAUAAUUGAGCAUUUGUCUAUAGUGCCAAUCGGUUUUUUGACAGAAGAAGCAUCUGAAGCGAGAAACAAAGAUUUUCGUAAAUUUAGAGAGUCUCACUCGAGAAAAAGUAGUAGUAUUAAUUGUAAUGAAGAUGUACUUCAUAACCUGCUUCAGAUCCUUUUUUGA